AAUCCUUGGAUUUGCAAGCCAGUGUGAAACAAGCGUCUGUUUGUUAUAAAUGCGUUUUAUAAAAACAAGAUGCAUGGAUUAAACUGUUUGAUUUUCGCCAUUUUGGCGAAGUGUAGCUUUUCCUACGUAAUAUUUCCAGAUGUUCUUGAAACAGCUUUACAGAAUUUACGUUCUAAGAGGGAAGCACCAUGUGGUGAAGAAAUUGAUUUAGAACUAGAGGGUGGUGUAGCUGCAAUUCAGCUCCGGACGGAAGAAUUCAACGGCACAGAAUUUUACAGAGUAAAUGAAGACUGUAAAUGGACGGUUAAGACCGCUCAAGAUCAUUUCAUGAUCUUAAAAUCCGACUACUUCAGCGUCGAAGAGAGCGAGAACUGUAUGUAAGUAAUCAAUAGUUUUCUAA